GCUGCUGGUCAGUCGGCUGUGCGUACGUGGCCGCAGUCAGCAGCAGCUGCUCCCGCCAGAAGCGUCGGGAGAGAGCAGGCAGCGAGGGCAGGCUGAAAAUAGAAACGCUCCUGCCUAGAAGAAACCAGAGACAAUGUCGCAGGGCGAGGGACUCAGCCUACAAGAGGAGAAUUUGCAUGGUUCCUGGGUGGAACUGCACUUCAGCAGCAAUGGCAAUGGUAACCCCGUCCAGCCAACAAGCCAAGAGCAAGUACCAGACUCUAUUUCUAUUUACAAUGGUGACAUGGAGAAAAUACUACUAGAUGCCCAGCAUGAAUCCGGAAGAAGCAGUUCAAGAGAGAGCUCACGCUGUGAUAGCCCUCCUCGUUCCCAGACACCUCAGGACAUUAACAGAGCUUCUGAAGUGGAAACUCACAGCAGUGGAGAAAAGAAUAGCUCUCAGUCUGAAGAAGAUUUUCUUGAAAGAAGAAAAGAAAUAGAAAGGCUCUUGCAGAAAAAUUCAGACUGGAUAUGGGAUUGGUCCAGUAGGCCUGAGAACAUCCCACCAAAGGAAUUUCUCUUUAAACACCCUAAGCGUACUGCCUCUCUCAGCAUGAGAAACACAAGCAUGAUGAAGAAAGGGGGCAUAUUCUCAGCAGAAUUUUUAAAGGUUUUUCUUCCAUCUCUGCUUCUCUCUCAUUUGCUUGCCAUAGGGCUAGGGAUUUAUAUCGGAAGACGUCUGACAACCACAACUACAACCAGCACCUUUUAAAGGGAGAAUAAAAUUCGGUCAGGCUCAAAGCAAUGAGAAUAUCCAUCUGGGAAUACAAAUGGUGAAUGGCAGGAACUUCUGAGCUUGUGAUAGCUACAUGUCCUUGCUGUUUGUUCUGUAAAUGUGUUCCUACUUUAGUAGUAGAUGGGGGACAAGAAAUACUGAAGCCAAGCUAUCAUGAAUAAUUUUUAGAUCAAUUUAUAAAGCAUGUUUCAGAUUGAUUAAUAUCUGCUGUAAUGCUUGGUAGCAUUAAAAAACCCUCAGUGUUAAAAAAUAAACUCUUUGCUUUCAUGUACUGGUUGUGAUGCAGCUAGGAAUUAAUCUAAACCAUUAUUUCUUUAUAUUUCUGAAAAAGUGAAUAUUGUCAUUAUUGAAGUGUGGCCUUAUAAAUACUAUUAGAGAAUCCUGUGACUUGAUUUGAGGUGACUCAUCAUUUUCUUAAGAUUUUGAUUAGCAAUUUUGCAUGGGGGAGACACGAAAUCUUAAGACCCUUUCUAGAUGCUCAGCUCAUACAUACAGUGUAGCUUCAGUGGAACUAUGCUGACUUACAGCAGCUCAGAAUUUGGUCUACAAGAGCCUCAAUUCAAAUUUGGACCUCAGUGCCUAACAUGAUUUCCUUUUGCUGUGCUCUUUGUUUGUUGGUUAAUUAAACUUCCUCUUCUUUUAUAUUCUUGCAAAAUAUAGCUUUAAAACUAAGUGUUUUUUGAAUUGAUAAAAAAAAAGUACAUUUCCAUCCUAAAUUGGCCUACUUAUUUCCCUUAUAAAUCUGAAGGAACAGCAUAACUUGCUUAUUUAUGUAUACUAAUGGAACUCAUUUUGUUUCAGGAAUUUUAUCUUACUGUAAUAAGGAAAAGUUUUUUUUUUUGCCAAAUUCAUAGGAGGUCUUCCGUAUUUUUUAAUAAAACUUGUGGAUUCACAGUUGUUUCCCCUUUUUAAAAAAAUGUUUAAAACCAAUUUCUGAAAGCUGUUUAAAAGGUAAGUGCUCUCUUUUGGAACAUUUCACUGUUUUUCAUACCUAAUUCAUCUGUCUUAUCACAAAUAGCAAAGAAAGGUUUACUUAAAAUGAUUUCAUGAUUCAUCCUUAGAUAUGAGUAACUCUGAACUAUUAACUGAUUAAAAGAAAUUCUCAAGGAGAAACAAUUGAAAGGCACGGUCUUUCAUUUUACACACACA